AUGUUAGUUGAAUGUUUUGAUCAUAGUCUGUAUACUUCACGAAAACGGUCAAUCAUAAUCUCAGCAUUAACUGUUAUUAUUUGCCCAUUAACAACGAUACCUGGAAUUUUUACCUUAAAAAGCCUUCCAGUAGACAAACUUGAUUCUCAAACUAAUAAACUUCUAAUAGCUUUCAAUUGUGUUAAUUAUACACCGCUUGGCUAUACCAUCUACAAAGUCAUUGCAAGUGUACAUACAUAUGUUACACUUGUCUCUUAUAUAAUACUUUGUGUUGGUGUUUUUGCUCAUCUGGUAAGACAUCGCAAACGCAUCGCUCCGAACUACACAACUCAACAGAAUAUUCGUCUCAUUCUACGCAACCAUCGUGACUUUUUUAUACCACUUAUUGUGGUGAUAUUUUGUUCAAUUCCAAUGAUAGUUAUAACUGAAACACUUACCUGUUCUAAAGCGUCAAAACUUGUGUCAUUACCCUAUCUGAUUUUAAUAUUUGGAUUUAUAUUUGGUAUUUUACCAACUUCAUUUUCAUUUUUCUUCUAUAUUUAUCCGGCUAAUAUUUACAUGGUAGCCUUUUGGAAUAAUUCACCUGUGGGAAUAUGUCUAAGCAGACUGAAGCAGAAAAUGAUUUCAAAUCAGUCAAACAUUUAGACAGCUUAUUAAUGCGAGCUGGACUAUCAUAAGAAACUCAAUGAGAAGCAAUUAGUCGUGGAUAUGAAGUUGAAGAGGACAGUAUUUAAUAAAUCUUUUUUUUAAUAAAAUUAUACCUGAGUCGGGUGUGGGUGUGCGAAAGUGAGUAGAUUGGACAAUGAUAUACUAAUUACCGAUACCUAUUCAUACCUUUUUUGUCGCCGUUCUCUACUUAUUUAUUAUACACUUUUUUCAACCUGUAUCACUACUGAAGUAUAUAGAAACGAAUACAUUUUCACGUUCAGUGAAUGGCAUUCGAAACGAACAAAGUUAGAAGACUAUUAAAAGAUUACUAAAAAUCAGCCAUUAAGAAUCGAUUUUGAACGAAAAAGAAAAUCCAUAUUGAAUGGAAUCGAUUAAAAUUUGACAUAAGUAACUAAGAAUAAAAUUAUUCCUUUUUCUUCCCAGAUCAUCAAUGUUUCUUUUUCCGAAAUCACGUUCUUAGUAUCUAGCCUUGAAGACAUUUCGAUAAUUAGCUAGAAAAACAAAAGAGAUGACUUGAUCGAUUAUUUCAUUCGAAGGAAAACAAGUAAACGAUUGUAGGAGAGAAUGGCUCAGAGAAGAUUAUUAUUAAAAUUUUCUCAAAUAUAUCAACAAGUUACAGAAGGGUGCGGGUGUGGUUGUGGGUGUGGUUGGGUGUGUGGGCGUGGAUGUGAGUAUUUGUGUGAGGAAAAGAAUAAUUCCGACAUCCACACCCACACCCACAGCCACCCACACCCCACACCCCACACCCACACCCCACCCUGCAACAAAUUAUGCAUUUAAAAUACAAAUAGCUUGUGACUUUAAUCAUCGAAUAGUGCAUGUUUCCGAAUGUUAUCAUUUAAGUG